GCCAUGCCGCGCGGCUUCCUCGUCAAGCGCAGCCGGCGCCCCGGCGGCUCCUACCGGGCGCGCCCUCGGGAGCGGGACCGGGACCCGCCGCUGCCGUCGUCGUCGUCGUCGCCGCCGCCGCCGCCCGCCGCUGCCGCUGAGGGCAGCCCCGCCGCCCGGCAAGGGGCGGAGGAGGAGGAGGAGGGCGAGGAGGAGGAGGGGGCCGCCUCUGCCUGCCCCGCGCCCGCCGCGGCGACGUGGAGCCCCGGCGGCGGGGGCCCGCUGCGAGCCCCGGCGGAGGGAGCGGGCGCCUGGGGGGCGGCGGGGCCGUGCAGCGCGGCGGGACCGCGGGCGGCGUUCUUCGAGCGGUGCCUCAGCUCCCCGGCGUCCGCCGAGUCCUUCCCGCUGGCCGCCUCCUUCCCGCCGGCCGAGAAGCUGCUGCUGCAGCCCCGCACGCCGCUGCCCGCCCCGCCGCCGCCCGCCCCGCAGCCCCCGCAGCCGCCGCCGGGCCCGGCGCUGAAGAGGCCGUCGAGGGCCAAGGCGCCCGGCAAGAAGGCGAAGGCCACGCGGAAGCUGAGCUUCGCCGACGAGGUGACCACCUCGCCCGUGCUGGGGCUGCGCAUCAAGGAGGAGGGCCCCGAGGUGCGGCCGGGGCCCGGGCCGCCGCCGUCGGGGGGGCGCACGCCGCUGGGCGAGUUCAUCUGCCAGCUGUGCAAGGAGCACUACGCCGACCCGCUGGCGCUGGCCCAGCACCGCUGCUCCCGCAUCGUGCGCGUCGAGUACCGCUGCCCCGAGUGCCACAAGAUCUUCAGCUGCCCCGCCAACCUGGCCUCGCACCGCCGCUGGCACAAGCCGCGGCCCGGCCCCAGCGCCGACGGCGCCGCCGCCGCCGCCCACCGCGGCGGCGCGGACAGCGCCGGCGGAGCCCCGGCCCCGGCCCCCGGCCCCGGCCCCGUCGGGGAGGCGUUCGCCUGCCCCUGCUGCCAGAAGCGCUUCCGACGGCAGGCCUACCUCCGCAAGCACCUGGGCACCCACGGCGCGGCGCGGCCAGCCGCCUUCGGGCCGCCGGAGCGCGGGCAGCUCGCCUUCGCCUGCCACCUCUGCGGCGCCCGCUUCCCCUCGGCGGACAUCAGGGACAAGCACCGGCUGUGGCACGCCGUGCGGGAGGAGCUGCUGCUGCCGCCGCCGCCUCCAGCCGCCGGGCAGCCCGAGGGCGGCGGGGCGGCUGCGGCGGGGGGUGGCGAGCGGCAGGGCUUCCCCUGCAAGCACUGCCCCGCCACCUUCUUCAGCGCGCCGGGGCUGGCGCGGCACGCCACCAAGUGCCACCCGCCCGAGGGCAGGCAGGUCCUGCUGCUCCAGGUGCCCGUCCGGCCGGGCUGCUAGCCCCCGCGGCCGCCCCCGAUGGGACCCGAAGGCCCGGGCGAGCGCCGAGCGAGUCCCGUCCACGCUGUAAUUCCUAUGGAAAGUCGCGCUGGCCACCGAGGCGAAGCCGCCUGCGGACCCCCCCCUCUGCCUUCCACCCCGUCCCAUCCGGGCUGCCCCGGGGCGCUGGGGGGCGGCGGGUGCCCGCUGAAGUCCAACUGUACAUAGGAUAUUUAAAGAGAGGAAUUAUUAUUAUUAUUAUUAUUAUUAUUUUUCGUGAGAAAAGGAGCCUGACCUAGUUACCUUGUUUUCAUAGCCUCCCCCCCCCCCCCCCAAGCUCAAACCUUUAAGUUCUCGUGCAGUGUUUCGUUUGCCGUACUCUGUGCUAAAAUAGUCGCGAAGGUAAAUGUUCAUGCUAAGUUGGUGUCAGCCCUAAAAUAGCUAGCGAAACGUGCGGGAACUCGGUCGUGCUGUCCGCUUACUGGAGGAGAGGUGCCCUGCCCCAGCUCGGUGCGCGCCCCCUCUUCCCACGCGUGUUUUUGGGGGCCCUGCGGGCGGCCUCGGCCCCUCGGGGGGUGCCCCGCGGCUGGGGAGACCCCUGGGUGCCGCUCCCUGGCCCGGCUAAGCCGCCCCUCUGCGUUUUCCCUAGGUUUCAGCGGCAGCCCAGCCCAACGCUUUGCAAUUCUGUGCACCUUGCCAGCUACGGACCUUUCAGGCUUUAUUUAUUCGGUUGUCUGUUUAUUUAUUUUCACGCGGGAGUGCCCAUUUCCGAAUGCGAUAGCGGGUGAGGCCAAAAAGGACAAGCAAAUUCAAUAAAUGAUUUAAAACGAAGCUAACGCCUUUCUUGAAUUCAGCAGGGAAAAAGUGGGUUGCUUGGUGGUUCCCAAAGAAACAAACUGAUCCCAGCCCUAGCCUUUGUUAGAGCACGCAGAAUAUUGCCAUCUUUUCAUUAGCAUCCUCUAACGCAGAUAUUUCUCUAGGUUUAGAUUUUGUUACACCCAACAAAAGGCUUGUGUACAUCGUGCCCGAAGGCCGAAAGCAAGCAAUGUUUUAUUUUGAAUAUGCUCCGCUGACUUUCUGGUGUUGGUUGCAGGACCUGGAAAAUAUGAAUGAGUGCGGUAUAACCUGCAGCUGCCAAUGUUUGCUGCCUGGCGGAGGCUAAACUUGCAGCUCACUAUUCUCCCCCACCAGAAAUAUAGCGUGUCAUUUUAAGUAGGGCAUUUUUCAAUCAUUUGCCGGUAACCGAGGCGCAGAUAGCAGUGCCCGUUUAUGCCAUUCACUGAGUUCUCCCAAGGAGAAGGUCACUGUGCUUUUUUAAAUCAUUACCCUCCCGUCUCUGCUCGUACGGUCAAAGAAACAUGGCUACAGAUGGCAUUUACCAGAGCUGGGGACAAGUUUCCAAUACAGUGUCCUUGCAGCGGACGGGGAGAGCUCCCAAGAACUAGUUGACACACGAAGCCUUUAAUAUGAAUGAAAACUGAGCUGUGUAUCACGCUUAACUGCUCCAUGUGUAAUUUGCUUUUCUUUUACAAAUUGCAGUAGGAAUCUAAUCACCGAGAUGAAUGACCAAUAUACAAAAGGUGGUAAGAAUAAUUUUAUUGUAUUAUUAAAUAGCAUGUUUUCUCUUCAACCAUUACAAAUUUGUAGAUACUACAUGAAUGACAAUACAUAAUUUAUAUUUUUAUUGUUGCCCAUAUCAUAUAUUUACACAUGCAGUUAGUACGGAUGUCAUGCUACAUUUUGUUAACAGCAUCUUGUUGUUUGCCAGGCUCAAAAUGUGAGCAUUUCAUCUGCUGUAGGAAAAUAUCUCUGGAUGGGUGGAAUGCGUGUACUAACCUGCACUUACAGGGUUGGAAUAAUCAGCAUUGCAGGUCAGCCUCCUGGAGCAUGUUCCCUUUUCUUCCUUAGUACACAGCAUCAGAGCAAUGAAUUUGUAUCAGGAAAGUGCUUUUUUUUUUUUUUUUUUUUUUAAAUGUAAGAAACAGUAACGUACAUCUAGACCCAGCAGCCCGGUGAUAAAGGCUAAAAAACAUGAGACUCAAUGGCAUUUACUAUUAAUAACACUUCCAAAAGCAAACAUUAUAAAAAUAUUUGGAAGCCAAGCAUAAGUAGAAUUUCAGCACAGUGAUUUUUUUUUCCAUUUUUUUUUCUUUUUUUUUUCUUCUUCUUUUUUUUCUGGCAUAGAUUAUGGCACCACCUGCACAGUUAAGAAAUGAUACAUUGCUUUGUGAAGAAAGAGUUGGUGCUACUGGCAAGUUAUUUUGUUUGGACACUGUAAUGCUUGAAAGGCUGUUUAAGUACUUUAUUCUUGACAUAAAUAGUCUGUACACAGCCUGUGCAUUAACAUUGUGACAUCUGACAAAGACUUUACAAAUGCAACUUCAAUUUAAAAUUGUACAUUCAUUUUCAAAUUGUACAUAUUUCUUUCUUUGUUACAGAGAAAAUUGCAGUGGGGUACAAUAAAUACAGUGUAAUCAAAACGCAGUCUCCAAUUCCGUAUGUCACUCAAGAUCAACCAGAGUUAAAAAUUACUACUGGUAAGAUAACGUAAUCAUCCAGGAAGGUAAAAGGUGCAGAGGACAAACUGCACUGAAAAAAAAAAAA